AUGGCCAGGGGAAGAGUAGCUAUGGCGGGCAUUCAUCUGGGUAUGAUGGAUCUGGCUAUGGCGGAGGGAGGCGAGAGUGAAGGCUACGGUGGUGGCGAGGAGAGCGGAGGCUACGGGUAUGGUGGUGGUCGGAAGAAAUACGGUGAAGAACAGGAGAGCCAGGGUUAUGGCGGUGGCUAUGGAGGUGGUGGUGGCGAGGAGGGGACCGAGGGCUACGGAGGAAGAAAGAAGUAUGGCGGCGAUGAGGAGGAGAGCGAGGGCUAUGGAGGACGAAAGAAGUAUGGUGGAGACGAUGAAGCGAGCGAAGGUUAUGGAGGACGAAAGAAGUAUGUUGGAGAGGAGGAAGAGAGCGAAGGCUAUGGAGGACGGAAGAAGUAUGGUGGCGACGUUGAAGACAGCGAAGGCUAUGGAGGGCGCAAGAAGUAUGGUGGCGACGUUGAAGAGACCGAAGGCUAUGGAGGGCGAAAGAAGUAUGGUGGCGACGGUGAAGUGAGCGAAGGCUAUGGAGGGCGAAAGAAGUAUGGUGGCGAUGAAGAAGAGACCGAAGGCUAUGGAGGGCGAAAGAAGUAUGGUGGCGACUUUGAAGAGACCGAAGGCUAUGGAGGGCGAAAGAAGUAUGGUGGCGAGGAGGAAGAGACCGAAGGCUAUGGAGGACGAAAGAAAUAUGUUGGAGAGGAGGAAGAGAGCGAAGGCUAUGGAGGACGGAAGAAGUAUGGUGGCGACGUUGAAGACAGCGAAGGCUAUGGAGGGCGCAAGAAGUAUGGUGGCGACGUUGAAGUGACUGAAGGCUAUGGAGGGCGAAAGAACUAUGGAGGAGACGUUGAAGUGACCGAAGGCUAUGGAGGGCGAAAGAAGUAUGGUGAUGACGUUGAAGAGACCGAAGGCUAUGGAGGAGGAAAGAAGUAUGGUGGAGAUGAAGAGAGCGAAGGCUAUGGAGGACGAAAGAAGUAUGGUGGCGACGAAGAAGGCGAAGGCUAUGGAGGUGGAGGAUAUGGCAGUGGUCGGAAGAAAUACGGGGAAGAAGAGAGUGAAGAAGGCUAUGGAGGCCGGAAGAACUACGAAGAAGGCGAUGGCGAAGGCUAUGGUGGCUAUGGCGGCCGGAAGAAGUACGGGGAAGACAAGAGCGAAGGCUACACUGGCUAUGGCGGCCGGAGGAACUAUGGCGAGGACUAA